AAAACACAGAGAAAAAACAGAAAUAUGUGGACCGAAUGGCUUGAAAAAGAUUUUUGGGUUGUGGGGUACAGAGGAAUCCAAGUCCACAAGAAUUGAGCUAUGAACCUCAAUUCCCCACACAUAUCCAUCACUGACUCUCUUUCUUUCAACCUUUUGGGAGAGAAAGAGUGAUUGGUUGAUGAUGAAGACUGAAAGAUGAAGGAAAGCAAGAAUUACUUGUUAUGCAUGUCUCAUGGCCUGUCAAUCUGCUUAUUAUGCUUUUUCACCAUCACCAAACAGGGAUUUACCCAUCAACAACUCAACCAGUUCCAAAAGAUCCAAACCCAUUGUUCUUUCUUGCAUUACCAACUCUAGAGCUUCAUUCAACACUCUUCUUUCUCAGGCAGUUAGGCAGUUGGUUCCUCCAGCAAGAUUUGAAGCUUCAAAGCUAGAAGUUGUUUUAAUGGGAGAACAGAUGAACAAAUAUUCUGGAAUUAUUCCUAGAACUUACAUACUAUCUCAUUGCGACUUCACAGCAAACCUAACAUUAACUAUCUCCAAUGUGAUUAACCUUGAUCAGUUACGAGGGUGGUAUAGCAAGGAUGAUGUGGUUGCUGAAUGGAAGAAACUAGAGGGGCAAUUGGGUUUGCAUAUUCAUUGCUAUGUGAGUGGUCCAAAUCUUAAACUAGACCUUGCUGCUGAGUUGAGAUACCAUAUAUUCUCCAAGGAAAUGCCUUUGGUACUUGAAGCCAUAUCACAUGGAGAUUCAGUAAUUUUCAGAGAGAAUCCUGGGCUGAUGGAUGCUUUGGUUUGGGUAUAUUUCCAUUCUAGCUCACCUAAGUACAAUCGCCUAGAGUGUUGGGGACCGCUCAAGGACGCUGCGCAGGGGAGACGGGGAGAUCAUUUUCAAGCCUUUUUAACAGCAAGUAAAGAUGGUUCCACUGCUUCCAAGAAGUGGAAAGGACCAAAAUCCAUUUUUCAAGCCCUUUUUGCCUUCCUUCUUUGAAGUGCUAAGCUUGCAUAUAAUUGCAAUGGCUAAUUUUCAUGGCCAAAGUCAAGGAAGCUGCUCUGCUCUGCAUAUAUAACAGAACCAACCACCAGAAUGCUCAUUGGUAAGACACAAAAGGCGAAGUUCUAGUUGCAUUAAAACAAGGAUUGUUUGAUUCUUUUGCAAAUAACACAUUUGUUUUUAUUGGAAAAUAUUGAUUCCCAAUUCUUGUGCAACUAAACAUUUGUUCCCAUUUGUUUAUCAAUGGCUCAUGUUUUUGUCGCUUUGUAAUUGAAAACACUUCCUCCCCAUUCAAGUCUUAUAAUUCUCUCUC